AGGUAGAAGCCUGGCAAACCUUGAGUUCGUUGGAAGACAUGACAAGAUAGCCGGGUUAAGUGAAACUAGUUUUACAGUGGCACUCGAAGUAUAUAAGCCCUUCUACAUGUGCAGUCACGGUGGAUGAAGAGUUUACUUUUACGCAUCAGAUUGGUGAUCUGGUGCUAGUGAACGUGUUGCGCAACGAGUACGCCAUCGAUAUAGCACUCGACCCUAUGAAAAUGGGGCCCUUCUGUUGCGUACCGAAUCCGAGUCAGAAUAUUUAGAUCUAGACGCAUAUGCAUAUGUUAAGAUCGUUCAUGACAUAAUGAUUCAAAUGGACGUGCCCAGGUCUACAGAUCUACCGUGACAGCCGGAGUUCUCGGUCUGGCCAGUCACAUCGGCCAUCGUCGGCUCUUUGAGCACGACCAUGUCGAUCGAUCUCUCCCUCGAGCGUAUUCGCCCCUUGGCAUCACAUCUUCCAUCGUAUUCGCGCCCUACUGUUCACGUCGCUGGCACGAAUGGUAAAGGAAGUGUCACAUGCAUCUUGUCCUCCGUCUUUCUAGCCUCGGGUCUUACUGUCGGUCGCUUCAAUAGCCCUCAUCUCCUAUCCGUCCAAGACUCCAUUUUGAUCAACGAACGGAGCAUCUCGCUUCGAGAUUACAAUCUUGCACGCGCAGAUAUUGAGAGCGCGAAUCAAGAACAUGGCACUGAGGUUUCCAGUUUCGAAUUGUUGACCCUCGUUGCACUGCAGGUUUUCGAGAAAUUCGCAGUGGAUAUUGUGGUCAUCGAGGUGGGCAUGGGUGGUCGCCUGGACGCUACCAAUGUCAUACCAGACGAGUCCAUACUCCUCUCUGCUCUCACGGCAGUCGACCUUGAUCAUCAAGCAUUCCUUGGUAACACUGUCGAACUCAUCGCAAAGGAGAAAGCUGGCAUUGCAAGGAAGAACAAGCCUUUUGUCUUAGGCAUUCAGAAAUAUCCUACUGUCGAAAAUGUUGUGCGAUCGGUCGUUGAUCAGACUGGCGGUCACUUCAUAGCAACUCAGUCCGCGCAACGGCGAGCGUGGGAUGAGACCAUAGAUGGUCCACUACCAACUACAGUCUUGCUGAAUGCAGAAUCAUUCACACUUCCGCCUGCUCAGCCUAUCGCAUUCACCAGUUCCGCUUUCCCUAACGGCCUGUCCGCACUUUUAUCUUUGAAUGGAGCCCAUCAAGUGGAUAACUUGAGUCUCGCAUUGACUGUCAUAUCUACACUUAUGAUGCACCCAUCGUGUGCAACGAGGAUGCCAAAGAAUUUCGGCGAGCGUGUCAUGAAAAACAUUCAGGCAGGCAUUAGAAAUGCGACCUGGCGAGGCCGUUUAUCAUUCCAUCGACUCGCGAUUUCCUCCCCCAUUCCACGGGUAAUCACUGUACUUGUCGAUGGUGCACAUAAUCAUGCGUCAUCAGAGACCCUCGCUUCCUAUGUCUCGAAUCUCAUCGCAAUGUUGGACAGAAACCCACAAGUGCGGAAAUUACGAUUGACUUAUGUCCUCGCGCUUUCCCAUUCCCCCCAAAAAAUCCCGAAGGAUACCCUAUCCCCGCUCUUCGCCUCUCGAAAUAAUACACAGCUUUCAAUACAAACGAAAGUUGCCGCGGUACGAUUCACAUCCCCGGAAGGAAUGCCCUGGGUGAAGUCUGUGCCGCCGUCUGCGAUCGCCGCUACUGUGCGUGAGUCUGUAUCAGGUGUAGGGUUGUGGGUUGCGUCCGACGAAGGGGAUAUCCAGGGGCAGCUCGAGAGUGCAUUGGAAUGGGCGACUGCGGAGGAGACAGAUGUUCAGGGAACGGGAGAAGAUGGGGUACAAGAGCUAGUGAUCGUCGCGGGGAGCUUAUACCUCGUGGCGGAUUUUUACCGUCUUCUCGCAAAGCAGGAGGCGGUCCCCAGUUGACAAGGGGGAAUUGGUCGGACCGACAUUGGUGGAGUUCUGAUGAUUGUUGCGAUGUCCUCAGAAAUUUCGUUACAAUCGGGGUUCAUGUCGCCACGUGUGGGAGCUUUUGUUUGAACAUAUGAAGCAAUGAUCGAUGAAGAC